AUGGGGUUUCCUCUAUUACAGUGCACCACUCUCGGGUGGAUUUUGUCUGGCACAGACGGUUCAACGAGUGUACAUGACACUGUGACGGUGCUACAUACGCAGGUGAAUGAAGAUGAUCAGUUAAAAAGAUUCUGGGAAAUAGAAGCAGAACCAAACGUUCACUCGAAACUAUUCACCAAAGAAGAACAAAGGUGCGAAGAUCUCUUCGCAUCUACAACAGUGAGAACACAAGAGGGCAGAUAUGUCGUAAAAUUGCCGUUUCGCGACGAUCAUACCUGCAAGGGAAAUUCAAGGGAGAUUGCAGUUAAAAGAUUACGUAGUUUGGAGAGGAAAUUGGAAAAAGAUAAAACUCUCAAGGCUAGAUAUACAGAAGUAAUACAAGAGUAUGAGCAACUAGGCCAUAUGAUACUUGUGACAGAACCUGAUCAUAAAAAGAGAGAAGCAAUCUACUUACCUCACCAUGCCGUGAUCCGCGAGGAUAAAAGCACCACGAAGGUCAGAGUCGUGUUUGACGCUUCCUGUAAAUAUGAUGAGGGGAUAUCACUGAAUGAUCAGCUUAUGACAGGACCUACCUUGCAGCCAGAACUUCGUCACCUCAUUAUGCGUUGGAGGCGGUACCCCGUUUGUCUAGUGGCGGAUAUAGUAAAAAUGUACAGAAUGGUAAGAGUAGCCAACGAGGACACCGACUUUCAGCGCAUAGUGUGGCGCGAAAAUGCUGAAGAUGAAAUCAAGGAUUACAAGUUGCUGACCGUCACUUUCGGAACUGCUUCAGCGCCCUACUUGGCAGUAAAGGCACUCAAUCAGGUAGCCUGCGACCACAGAGAGCAGUAUCCUAUAGCUGCACCACGAGUCCAUCAAGAGUUCUACAUGGACGAUUUGAUGACCGGAUGCCAGACAGAAGAAGAAGGUCUACAACUGUACCGUGAAAUGAAAGGCUUAUUGAAUGAGGGAGGGUUCGUGCUACAGAAAUGGGCUAGCAACAAAAAAGAGUUGUCAAAGCAGAUCAAUAAAAGAGAAGGAGAGAACCUAGGAAACGAAGAAGAAAAAAGCAAUCUGGAAAUAAAGACAGAUAAUAUAACUAAAAUACUCGGACUUACCUGGAACCGGGAUGACGAUGAAUUUCAGUACUCGGUGAAACUGCCGCCGCUAUCGCCACCUGCAACAAAAAGAAAAAUAAUUUCUGAUGUUUCACGUUUGUUCGACCCAUUGGGAUGGUUAGCACCGUGUGUCAUUGCAGCAAAAAUGUUUAUCCAGCGUCUAUGGUUGGCAGGGAUCGGAUGGGAUGAGGAGCCACCAUCUGACAUAUUACAGGACUGGUUAACUUACCGUAAACAGCUAGCUCACCUUAUAGACUUCAGGAUUCCAAGAUGGCUUCACACGCACGCGGAUGAUACACUGCAUGAAUUACACGGUUUUUGCGACGCAUCCAACGCCGCUUACGCUGCUGUCGUUUAUCUUCGAGUAGUUGACUCAACUGGGAACAUACAUGUAGCUUUAGUGACAGCCAAAACGAGAGUAUCACCGGUCAAACAAGUCAGCAUUCCCAGAUUAGAGCUUUGUGGGGCUGUACUUGUGACUAAGUUGCUGGCCGAAGUUGCAGAAGUCAUGGAAAUCCCCAAACCAAACAUAAAAGCGUGGACGGAUUCCACAGUAGUUCUUGCGUGGCUCAACAAGCACCCAAGCAGCUGGAAAACAUUCGUAGCUAACAGGGUAUCUGAGAUAUUAAACACCAUGGAUUCUGCGCAAUGGGCUCACAUCCGCACAAAAGAAAAUCCGGCAGAUUGUGCUUCACGUGGUAUGCAACCAGCAGAGUUAAAAGAACACGACCUGUGGAAGUUUGGCCCUAAACUUUUACACGACAAGACCAUUCAUUAUGCUAAGCCUAAAAACAACGAGACGAAUCUUGAACAAAAGCGGGAUAGCGCACCGAACAGCCCAGUCAACAUACGUUAUCUGCAAAAGUGGGAGUUGGAUGAAGCAACCAUGACCUGCAUUAAAAAGUGUCAAAGCGCUGAGUUCAAGAACGAAAUUGAGGAAAUCAACAAAAGCGGGUUUAUUAGUUCAAAAACGUCCAAGAUUCGUUCUUUAACGCCGUUUCUUGAAAACGGUAUUUUGCGAGUGGGCGGCCGAUUGGAGAACGCUUCGGACUUAGAAAUAGCAAAACAUCCUAUUAUCUUGCCCUACGACUCGCAUCUGACCAAACUGAUUGUGGCAGAUGCCCAUGAACGUACUCUUCAUGGCGACCAGCGAGCUAUGCUGAACUAUUUAAAGUCAGCUUACUGGAUAGUACGAGCGAAGGACUUAGUGAAACAGCACAUUCACAAAUGUGUGCGCUGCAUUCGUCACAAAGCCAAGAUCCAAACGCAAUUGAUGGGAGCCUUACCGCCUGCUAGAGUUACUCCAGGUAGAGCGUUUAUCCGCAGCGGAGUUGAUUAUGCCGGACCCAUCAAUUUAAGAACUUCAAAAGGCCGAGGACAUCACUCAUACAAGGGGUAUGUGUGCUUGUUUAUCUGUAUGGUUACCAAAGCCAUACACCUAGAGGUAGUGAGUGAACUUACCUCUCGUGGAUUUCUUGAGGCUUUCAAGAGAUUCACAUCCAGACGCGGCCGCUGCUUAGAAAUCUACAGCGACAACGGCACAAACUUCGUUGGAGCUGCUAAAGAAUUAAAGGACCUUUUUAAUGCACAGAAGUCAGCUAUAAUCCAAGAAGUAGCGGAAAGUCUGGCUUUAAAUGGUACCACGUGGCACUUCAUUCCUCCUAGGAGCCCGAACUUCGAUGGAUUAUGGGAAGCAGGGAUUAAGUCUACCAAAUACCACAUCAAAAGGGUUAUUGGAGAGUCGACACUUACGUUUGAGGAAAUGGCGACUCUACUCAGCCAGAUCGAGGCCUGCUUGAAUUCACGGCCUAUCUCAGUUCGGUACAAGUGGGCACAUCAAGUUCCCGAACCUAACGUUGGGGACGUUGUUUUGGUGAAGGAGGAUGAUCUCCCUCCGUCUAAGUGGCUUUUCGGCAGAAUCAUGCAGAAACACCCUGCCUCAGAUCAACUGACCAGAGUGCUAAACGUAGUGCUCCACGACCUUAAGCAUGCGCAAGCACUGCAAACUGUCCAAAAUCCAGUAGGCUCUGACUCGCCGACAAAAUUGUACGCAGACUUGGGAGACGCGCAUUAG